AUGACUGACUUAAUAACGUCAAAUCGCACUGAAUUAAUCGAUCGCUUACGUCGAUUUCAGGAAGAAUUAAAUCUUGAUUUUGAGUAUCGUGAUGUUUAUCAGGACUUGCGUCUAUCCAAAACUGAUUUUCAAUGGAUCCGAAAUGGAAAAGAUAAUGUGGAAAAAAUUGAUCGAUUCAUCUUUUAUUAUAUUUAUAAAAUCAAGGAUGUCUCGCCAUUUCUAAAUGCAUUAAAGAUUCCUUACUAUUGGAUUUACCAGAAAAUAUCAGAAACAAAUGCUAAUGAUAAGUGGAUUAAUGAUUAUAAACGUGCCAUUCAAGACAUUCCAGAUAAUCAAGACUGGAACGUUCAUCGAACAGAUUAUUUAUGGGAGAUUCAAAAAGGCCUUAAGGAAUUAAAACGCGGAAACUAUUUGAUUCUGUUUGGAAAACUCGGAUUUGGAAAGAGAUGGCUCGCAGUAGAUGCAUGUCGUGAUUAUAGUGUAAUAAGCAAAAUGAACUUCAAAAUCUACUGGUUGAAUGUCAGUAAAUGCAAUACAUUAGAAUCGAUCCUCGACAAAUUACAUCGACUCAAAGUUCUCAUGAAUGUUGAUGACUUAGACAUAAAAUAUAAUCCAUACAGUGGCAAUACGAAAAAUGAAAUAAUUCACAUGAGAACACAUUUGAGACGAAUUUUAGACAAUAAAGAAUACAGUGAUGCAUUGAUUGUUUUAACGGAUGUCCAAGAUGAAAACAUAGUUAAAGCAUUUGAUUUGAACUGUAAAAUGCUUAUCACUACAAGACACAUGGAGAAAUUAGAGGUCAUAGGAAGUGAUCGUCGUAAAACAAUUGAGAUUAAGGAAGGUUUUGAACAAUCCGAAAGUCAUGAACUGUUUCUUAAAGCAUUUAAAGAGACAAAAAGUGAGUUACCAGAAGGGAUGAUUGGAUUCAUAGAUGAAAUUCAUAAGAAAUGUUCUGGACAUCCAUUCAUCAUGUCAUUAAUUGCAAAAACAUUCCAAAAUUCUAAUGAAGGUGAAAGUGAUCGACGAAAACGAUGUGAUUGCUGGAUUAAGAACCUAGACGAAUAUAGUAUUUUUAAGAAUGAUGAUGAUUAUAAAAAAAUAAAAAUGCCAGUGGACGAGUCAAUUAAAUUUCUGGAUCCAAAACAAUUGGAAAAUUAUAAGAGAAUGGUUGUCUUUAGUGAUAACAUUGAGGUGCCAUUAGAUGUACUCGCCAAAUUAUGGGAAACAGAUCUUCAAUGUACGGAGUUAUUGGUAGAAAAGCUACAUAAAUAUUCACUCAUUGAAAAACAGAUGAAUGGCGCGGUUUCAUUGCAUUAUGUUCACUAUAAAUAUUUAAAAGAAGAAGUCGACGAUGAGCAGCAAGUUUUAUAUCAUCAACUCAUGCUUGAUCAGUACAAUGUAGAAAAUAUUUUUCGUAAAAGAACUGAAUUGGAACUAGAUUUUCCAAAUGAUAACUAUUUUUACUUUUAUAUUGGAUAUCAUCUUAUUGGUGCUAAAAAAAUUGAACUAUUCGAAAUGUACCUAGACUUUGGAUUUUUAGAAGAAAAAAUUAGAUACGCAAAAUUGCCAAACACACUUGGUGACUUAACAAAAUUUAGUGAAAAAAUUCAUCGUAAUAAUAGAUAUAAGACAGAAUUAUUAGAAAAGAUUUGGUCUUUCCUUCCAACAAUAGAACAACUACUUUUUAAAUCACGCGACACAACACUUCUUCAAUACGCACUUACAAGCGAAGGUCUUAUCAAGGUCGAGGCAGAGAAACAAGCGAGAAAAUUUGUAGAUCGCGUGUGGAUGGACGAUAAAAAUCAUUUACAAAUUGAAAAUCAAAUAAUUGAGCUACAAGAUGGAUCACAGCCAAAAAUUGUUCGAUUUGUUCGGCCGAAUGAACGUGAUGAUCUUGUAUGUCUGAUUUCACUGUAUGAUAAUAAUAUUCUUAUGCAUGAUAUAGCAACGGACUACACAAAUAAGCCUACAUUAUAUCGAAAUGACUUACCACAUAAAACAAUAAUAGAUAUGCAAAUAUUCCGUAAUCAAGCAUUUUUGGUAUUGAAUGAUGCUGGAAAAUUGUCAGUCUAUAAUCUUAAAUGGAAUACAUCACGCCGCCCAUCAGCACCUACGAAAUUAAAUACAAAUGAUUUGUCGACAGAUCAUCAUCCAUUUGUCAUGGACAAUAAGGAUGAUACUUUUACUUGCUUCAGCAUUAUAGAGCAACCGAAUAGCUACAAUGUUGAUCUAAUUGUUGGAACUAUGAGUGGCAAUCUGAAGCUUUACAAGUGGCUGCCAAAAAUGAAUAAAUUUGAGGAUAAUAAAACAGAUAUCAAAACGAGAUUCGCUAAUCUCUUCCGUAUAGCGCACAUUAAUGAGUAUGUCAUGCUACUCAAUAAGAAUGGAGACAUCAAAUUUAUAAAUCUAAUUAACUCUGGACCAUUGGGUACAAACGUACAAUUACAAACACUAGCAAAACCUGUUAGUUUACAUCAAGGAAAAUGCAGUAAUUUAGGUGCUCCAAUAACAGUUUGUGUGUCGUGUGACAAAGUGAUUCAAAUUACCCACGAAAAAUCUAGAAUGUAUCCACAAUCUCCAUUCAUUCAAAUUCAAUGUGAAGAUAUUUUUAUGGCAAGUGAUGAAUUUGACGAGAACAAAAUUCUCUCAAGUGCUGUAUCAAAAGACUUCCUUUACAUAGUUCUUGGAACUGCAAAAGGAAUCAUAGUCAUAGAUCGUAUUGAGAAGAAAGUUGUGUCACGUCGAAAUGUCAGCGAGCAAGUCAUAAGUUUGGAUGUUUAUCGAUAUCCUGGAGAAAAAAUGUAUCUUUUUAUAUCAGUUUUUGAGGAUGCUGGACAAAUUAUCAAUCUUCAUGCAUUCAUGCGAUCACCUGAUGAUGAUUUCUCAAUGCUUAAGCAUGAAAUGCAUUAUUUGGUUGGAGAAGACAUUUUUGAUGUCAAAAAGAUCAGCCAUAAUGAAUGGAGUCUUGUAGCUGUUGAUAGCAAAAAGUACAUUCAACAACUAAAUAGUAAUGACCACUUUUCCAAUCCAGAAUGGGAAUUUCCAUUUCAUUUUCAAAUUAAAAAGAUUUGCUGUUAUGGUGACAAUGAAGUUCUUGUUGGAUGUACAAAUGGAGAAGUUCAUAGAUUAGAUAAUAAAGGAUCUCAUCAAUUAGUAGCUGAAUUGACAGGCGAAAUUACGUAUCUUGAGAAUUUCGAUCAAGCAGUUAUUAUAAGCACAAAUAGCUCUUACAAAAUACUAGGGACAAUGAAUGAUCAAAGUGGAAAGGCAACCAAAGCUUAUCGAUAUGAUGAUAAUACUUUACUUGUCAUCAAAAAAGAUUGCUCAAUAGAGUUUAUUGACCUUAGCACAAAGAAAAUAGUAGCUAGACAUGUAUUAUUGGAUGAGGAUAGAACAUGUAUUGCUCAAUCCUAUUGCAACGCUUUAUUAGCAAUAGGAACUGUAAAGAACAAUAACAUCUAUUUAUGGAAGAUCACUGAUGCGAAUGCAGAGGGUUUUGAAAUGCAAAGUAUUCAGAAUCAAUUAGAUGACCAAAUUUCAUGCAUUUCCAUUUCACCGGAUAAAAAUGUUCUUGCUGUUGGGUGCUUUAAUGGAAAUAUUGAGCUUUUUGAUCUGACACAACUGAUUCCGAUUGCUAGACUCGAAUCUCAUAAGCGCUCAAUUAUGAAUCUUCUUUUCUCACCUUGGCUGGAAAAUGAAGGUCCACUAAUUUUAUUGAGUCUGUCAGAAUCUAUAAAUUUUUGGAAUAUAACACAUGUUCAAAAUAAUCGAUCCAGUCUUAAGAGAAUAGAUGACUCAUCGAAAACCAGAGUUAGUCAACGCUUUAAAUCACCAUUGAAGAUUUUUUCAGCAUCCGAAAAUAAGCUAGAAACAUCAAUGAUGAAUUUAAAAUUAAAGGAAAGAAACUGGAGCAAUAAAACUGGACCAAAUGAUAAGCCUGAACUUCUAUCAUGCAUCAAGUUCAUUGGCAAGAGUGCAAAAAAGGUUGUGGCAAACGAUGACUUUACUCAUUUUGUUACUAUUGAUAAUGAAGGUAAUGUUUACAAUUUAAGAUUGAUUAAUCAAGCAAAACAGUUAUUGACUAUUGAUUACAAUGGGAAUUCUUCAAAAACUUAUGAAUGA